CAUAAAAAACCGUGUAUUAUAUAAGUAUAUAACUAUACAGAACUUGCUAAAAGAAAAAAAAAAUAUCAAGACGGCAUUGUGAUACUUGCUAUCAAUAAUUACGUCCUCUCAUUGGUUUUUUUGACUUGCUAUGGAUGUGUUGAGGUGUGAGUGUAAUACAGUGGUUGGAUAACUUGAGAUAUGGCACUAUGGCAGUGAUACAUUGGGAUACGGUGCCACAUUACUGACCUUGCUCGCGUGCAAUUGGAAAAUUGGAAUCAAUCGCGCAACAACAGUACAGCACACAUCGCGUGUAUUUCGUGGUUUGGCUGCAGAAGAUCCUGGAGCUUUGCUACCUCUUUCAGCGACCUCCACACCCAGGUUGCGUCGUGGUCCUUGCUCUUAUCCUAUCCUGCCUACUGCCUGCGUUUAUCUUCUUCUCUCUUUCCCCUCUCUGGCCCUCUCUCUCAUUUUCUCAUCAUACAAGUUGUUGAGUUCCUGUCCCUGUUCUUGGACGGACACAUAUCCAAUCCACCCGAGAUUUGCUCAAUUUACUCCAGACACACUGGCAACGACCGGACCGUCGAACCUCGCGUCUCUGGCGACAUGUCGACGGCGGUGGCGGAGGCGCGGCCGCGCUACGGGUUCCCCGGAUCCGGGAAGGGGGGCAGCGGCGGCGGCGGCGGCGGGCAUGGGAAGGAGGCGGACAUGGCGGCGGUCGGGAAGAGGAGGAGCGACGGCUUCUUCAUAGAGGAGGUGGCGGAGGAAGAGGUGCUGACCGAUACCUCCUCGGUCGGGGCGCCGUCGCCGUCGGGCUCGUCGAUCGGUGAGAACUCGUCGUCGGAGGCCGGCGGUGACGACGUGGACGAGGAGGUCGAGAGCAAGCUCAAGGAAGAUGACGCGCUGGAUUGCUUGGACGCGCUCGAGGACUCCUUGCCCGUGAAGAAGGGCCUCUCGAGCUUCUACUCCGGCAAGUCCAGGUCGUUCACCAGCCUCGCCGAGGCCACGUCGACGGUGGCGGCGGCCAAGGAGCUGGCGAAGCCGGAGAACCCGUUCAACAAGCGGCGCCGCAUCCUGGCCAACUGGUCCAGGCGAGCCUCCUGCAGCUCGCUGGCCACGGCCGCCUACCUGCCCCCGCUCCUGGGCCCCGACCACGCCGUCGCCGAGGGGGACGAGGGCGAGGAGGACGACUCCGACUCCGACGACGUGGAGUGCAGCCAGCUGCCGCCGCCGCACCGCGGAAAGAACGUCCGGGACGCGCGGGCACUGCCACCCCUUAGACUCGGCGGUGCUGGGAUGCGGCGGAGGAACGGGCCGAAUGGCGGCCUCGGGAGCUUCAGAUCCCCGAGGUCCUUCUCGCUGUCCGAUCUCCACAGCAGCGCUGAGGGGGAGUAGUGAUUAGCAGCCGCAGAUCUGCUUCCAGCUCUGGCCUCCUCUCUUGGCCACCACCAGUAGAGAUGUAGUAGUAGCCACUUACUAUAUGGUUCCGGUGUAUAAGAUCCAAGUCUGUUGUGUUCAUCCUCCUGGCUUCCGUUUCUUUGACCUCACAAGUCACAAGAAGUGCAUCGACUGACCUAACAAAUACUCUAUCCGUUC